AUGUUCGUUGAGAUAUCGGCGGCUUUUCGUGACGGGAAACUGGCAGAGUCCUUGAUUUUCGUAGUCAGAGACACUCCAGACUGGGAUGAAGAGGGAGCGUUUUUGGAGCGUGUUUGGGCUCAAAACGAGAAUUCGUCGGAUUUACGAGAAGUCUCGUCGUCUCUUCGUCGCCAUUUCCCCGAAAUCGAGUGUUUCUGCACGCCGAGAGCUUCAGAUAAUGUUCGUUUGGCGAAUCAACUUUUAGAAGUUCAGGAACAAGAUUUCCCCUUGCUCCGCUGCUUAGCUCGGAUCAAGUGCUCGGUGAUCGAAAAGUGCAAGAACUUUCAGGGAAAAGAAAUUGAAGACAAAAUCGAUUUGGCUCAGAAAAUUGUCGACUAUCUUCAAUACGAGGCGCCUGAGUUGAAAACGACUGCGGUGCUGAGCAAAGAAGCAACGGUGGCCGUGGCGGUGAACAAGUGCAGCGAAAUCUUUCGAAAAGCUUUGAAAAACAGCUCUCCAGAAACGUUGCAAAUCGCGGAAACGAUGGCUCGGAAAGAGAUCGAUCAGCGUUUAAACGAGCUAUUGAAAGCUGGGAAUAUUCCUGAAGCCAAGAAUCUCUUAGAGUCACAGAUACAGGAGAUUCUAUCCGAAAAGCGGCUUGACUUCAAAAACGUCGAAAAUGAUAAGGAAAUCCGGAGGAAAAGCGACGAGUUUUGCGCAAAAUUGAAAACGAAUAUACAAAAGCUUUCCAAGCUUGAUGAAGCUCUUGAAAUGAGAAGAACGGGAAGGGUACGAGAAGAGAUUGGCGAGGCAGGGAUCGAGCUUCUCGAGACAUCGAUACAAAUGCUUGAGAAUUUCCUACAAAACCGGAUCACUUAUUUGAAAGCCCAAUUCGUGCAGACAACGCUGAAUGAGAUGAACAGCGAAAUGAGGGAAACACUCGCAAAAAUCGAAAUCCAAACAAUUCCCGACCAAAAAUGGCUAGAAAGUCAAGUUGACUUGAGAAUGAAAGCUUUUGAAGAAAACUGUUUUCGACAUGAGAUUUGUAAUGAUGAAUGGGAAAAAGUCGAGCCAGAGGCAAUGAAAAUGUUUAUGACAACAGCCAGCAAUGCCCUUGUGAUCAUCAAAAUGAAAAUUGAGGCUAAAGAAAAAGAAAUGGCACUUCAAAGAGAGAUCGACGUGAGAAAAGAUGAGAUCGAGAGGGAAAAGAGGAGAAAAUUGGAGGAAUCUGCAUUGAAAGCCAUGCAAGAGGAACGCAAAAACGAUCAACCAACUAUUUCUGCAAGUCCAGACUACAGUGCUGCCGAAAAACUGGUGAAAGAUGAACUAAAAGUGUUCGAAAUCGUGGUAAAGAGAACAUCGAUCGAUCAAAGCAGAUUUAAGGCCUUUCUAAAGCGUGAAAUGAAUCAAACUUUGAAAAAUCUCAUUGUCAAGUACAAAAAACAACAACUUCCCGAAAGGGAUCUGAAGAAAUUCAAGGAUUUAUUGCUCAAAGAUGGGCUGAGAUUUGUGAGGGUAUAUUUCCGGAUCGAGUUGACCGCAAAUGAAAUUGAGAAUCCAAUCGAGAGAGUCAUUUCAUUCACUGAAGAGGAGAGAAAGGUUUUGAAAAAUCAAGCUGAAAAAUCAAGGGGAUGGAUGAUGGGGAAAGAGCUCGACUACCAGGUAGUUCAACGGCAAUUCGCACAUCAACAACGGCAGGACUUCGAAAAAGUCACCAAUUUGAAUCGUGCCACUUUGGAGAUUCUGAUCGAGAACUCGAACUCGAGGCGAACGUUUUUCCUUCAAACUUUGGUGAAAAAUGGUUACGAUCAAGAAUUGAAGAAUGGGCUCAAUCGGAGUCUCGCAGAAGAGUGGAUGAUGUUCUUCAAAAGAGUGCCGAGGAACGAUUUGUGUUUCGAGGAGAUGCAAGAUUUCGCCUACAAAGUCGCCCAUCGAUUGUGGAUUCAAUUCCCUCCGUCAUUGAUGCAAUAUUUGGCUGAGAAUUUUCAAAGAUCUGUGCGUCAUCAUCAGAAUGUCCCGUUUCAACAUGGCCCACUUGGGCAUCAAGGUCAAAACCCAGCUCAACAUCAAUUUCAGAAAUGGUCUUAUAACAUUGAGCACUACGAUGGAGCCGACCAGACGAUGAUGACCGUUGGGAACGAGCACGCGAGAAAGAAGUUCUUCGAAGAAAUCAAGAAACGGCGUGAGCGAUCGCUCGUUGAAACCAAGUUUGACCAGGAUAAAACUCCGAGUGUCACCGAGUUGGUGAAGAGAGAGACAAAAAUCUUCAACACAAAGAGUCAAAUCGAUGCACAGGAUUUGGACGCGUUGAACAUGUUCAUUGCUUUCAGUCAGAGGACGGAGGAGAGAGUGGGACAGCACUUUAUGAUCAUGGUUCGCGACUCGAUCGCCUCCGGCUUUGACCCUGAAUACCUGGAGCAAAUGAGGGUGAACGCUCGCCGCGUCCCCGAACUUGCCCGCCUCCUCAAUGGAGUCUUUGAAGCGUUCGAGAAAGUGGAAUGCUGUAUGGUGCCCCGACCAUCCAAUGAAGUGAUCAACGCAUCCAGGGAGAUUUUGGCCAAAGAUUGUGGCGACGAUUUCUUGUCGAUGCUCUGCGAGUGCGCGAAUCAUGUGCUGAGAAAUUUGGUCCCAAAAAUAGUGAUGGGUACCCCACUGACUGGGAGAACUUUGGGAGCAUAUGUGGAGAAUCUCGUCGAUCACAUUCACUCAAACAGUCACAAGGCUAUUUGCUCGGCCUUCGCGGCCACUUCACAACUCUUCUUUGAGAAGGCUCGCAUCGCUGGGAAUGAGACUUUUGCGGGACUCCAUGAAAUGCUUGUUCGCGAGCAUGGUCAUCGCCCGAUUCGACCCCGAGACUAUGAGGAGGCCUUGCAGAAUUUCAUCCAACAAGCCAUUGAGGCCUAUAAAUCGAGUCAGCUUUUCGGAUCGGCUGAAGAGAAGAGCAAGCAUUUUGACGACUUCCGAAAGCUGCUUGAGGAAAGAGGCCAGGAAAAGGUUUCGAGCAAUAAGGAUCGCUAUAGGGACAUUCAAAUGGCCGAGGCAGUCAAUGGAGCUUACGAAGUGUACGAGAAAGGAAUGAGGCCUGAUUUUGUCGAGAGUUUGGAGAAGAACAAGAAAGCUGAGUUUGUGAGAGACCGCCACAAGAAAACUUUCCCCGAAGCGAUGAAGCAUUUUGAAAAUGUUGUCCAAGACUUUCUUGAUGAGCCCGAUCUGAUCGAGUACAAGCGCAACUUGCUCAACGAGAUGAUUCAGGCUCGAUAUGAGGACUUGCAACAAGACAACGCCAUUCGGCACCUUCACCAACAGGUUGACGAGAUGUUCCAAGGAUUGGUGGAAGAGCAUUGGAAAGCGUUGAAAGAACGAGUCGCCACAAUCAAAGACGAGUCCGAGAUCGAAGAGGCGAUCGAUGCCUGUGAGAAUCUACUCCGGGGAAAGUACGGGAUCAAAAAGGCUGAAUUCGUUGCCGAUGUGGCGAUCGCUUUGCCCAAAAUCUCUCCCGAGAUGGUCGAGCGUCUGUUAGACAACUUCAGGGAGAUUCAAUUGGUGCAAUUCAAGAGAUGCGAAGACAGCUUCGAGAUGGAGGUUCGCCACAAUUUGAAAGUCGGCGCGCUCAACAAACAAAUGGAGGAUCUCCAUUUGAAGCAAGCUGAAGACAAGAAGAGAUUGGAAUCGCUUGAAGAGGAAACGAAUGCUCAAAUCGGAGGGAUGAACGAGCAAUUGGUGGAAGAGCGUCGACUCCGUGUCGAGGCCGAGAGUGGCGGCUCAAACGUGCAGGCAAUAUUGGCGAUGAUGAAAGCGAUGAACGAGAAUUCAGAAGCCCAAAUGGAGCAAAUGCGGCAUGAAAGGGACGAGCGAAUCGCGCGCGAGGAAAGAGAUCGUCAAGAAAGGGAGAGACGAUACGAGACAGACAUGGAAAUGAUGAGAAUGGAACAACAAGAGCGCGCUCGUCGCUACGAAGCUGAAGACCAGAAGAGACGCGAAGACAUAAGGAAGCAACAGCAGGCGAUGGAAUGCCAGCGACAGGGACACGAGGCCAAAAUGGCCGCCAUCCGUAACCGACCUCCGCCACCACAACCCAAAAUUUGCUCAAUUAUG